UGAAAUAUCUUCUGGUAGCACUUGUGGCAGUGUCGGCGGUUAACCCAGCUGCAACUUUAGCUUCAGCUCUCUACCCUAGCAGUUCAUCAUCACCUGAGCCUCAGCUUUCACUGCAGAUUCAGGUUCUGCAGGAAGUUGUGGCUAGUAUACUGUCGGGACGGACUAUAGUGCUCUACUUUGACCGAGCAAUAACACCUCAGACUUUGCGUCAAAUUACAACUCUAUUCAUUCUUCAAGACUGUUCCUUAGUUCUGGUUGAUCUUGGUUCUGAUGGAGAGGAAUGGUGUCAUAAGCAAUCUUUGGUGGUCUUGAGAGGAGAGAAUAUAAUUCAUGUAGCCGUGUUCAUCAAUGACCCGCGUCCUUUCUUCAUGUCGGUCAAUAUAGACACUCGCUGGAAACCAAAGUAUUUUUUGAUGUACAGUCUUUCAAGUAAUUUAAAAAGUGAAAUUCUAGUUUCCGAUGAAUUUAGCAGACCUGAAAAAGUUGUCAUGUUCAAUCAUAAGAAGAAAAGAAAAAGUGGAUCCAGCGGUCCCAUGGAAAUGUUUACAUAUUUUCCCUUUUCAGUCAGAGAUGAGGUUGCAUCACUUGGGGUUUGGUCUCUUGCUGCACAUCAGUCACACAAUAUCUUCGUUGAUCGUUUCCCAACAUUUGAAGGGUAUAGGUUCUUGCUAGGGACUUGGUUCUACGAUUUUCCAUAUUUGCAUCAAGCAAAGAAUAAACCAGAAGGUGAAGGUGAUGGAGUACAGGUAGAGGUACUAAAUGCUUUAGCCACUAAACUUAAUUAUACGUUCGACCUAACCACUGAACCACCUGACGAAAAAUGGGGCAGUUUUGAAAAUGGGUCUUGGAAUGGAAUGCUGGGUAUGGUCCAUAGAGAGGAAAAGAAUUUUACUGUGAAUUAUUUCGGCUACACAAACAAAAGGAUUGAAGAUUUCGAUGCCACUGUUUCCUACUGGAUGGAGGGGUUUGGGUUAGCGCUCUUAGAGCCACAGCCGUUGCCAAAGUGGCGUAGUGUGUACUAUCCUUUCACUACACUGGUAUGGGCGUCGACAGCUUUAGCUUUCUCAGUCGUUACUAUUGCUUUUUAUUUACAAGACAUUGCUCAAACCGAACCAACUCUGAAAAACGGCGGUCUUGUAUGGCUGUAUGUGUUGCGUCCCAUGCUGAGCCAUGCUUUGCCGCGACUGCCGGUGACACACAGUCAACGGGUGUUCGUUGCCGCGUGGUGGUUGACCAGCCUCAUUCUCACAACAGCCUACACAGCCAACCUCAUUGCCUUCCUUACCAUUCCUCUCUACCCAAAAAAACUGCAGACAGUAGAGGAGCUGGCAGAAAGCAACUACAGGAUUGCAAUGCUGGAUUACGGCGAGUUUGUGCCACAAGCACUGAAGUCAUCGCAAGACAAGUACUAUCGUAUGCUGGGGGAAAAGAUGGAUAUGUAUGCUGACGACGAUGAAUCCGUAUAUCCAACCUUGAACGGGACUCACGCCUACAUAGAAAGCUACUCCUACAAUCUUAUCCUCUUCUGGGAUACUUACCAGACUAUGAUUAGUAUUGCCAAAGAUGCCCACGCGAAAACAAACUUCAAUGCAAGUCGGGCUGAACAUUUUACCAUUCAAUUGGCGCGCAAUAUCUAUAUGUUGCGAGACCAGCUCUAUCCUGGACAUCUUUGCUGGUAUUUUCGUAAAAAUACUCCGUGGAAAUAUAAAUUUGACGUGGGUCUGCAGAGUAUUGUGGAAGCAGGCCUCAUCGUCCGCUGGCUGAAGAUUAAGACUGAAGACUUCUUAGGUGUAGAUUUUGAGAGCAAGCUGCAUUCAGAUGGCGGGAUGAACUCCACUCUCGCGCUUUCUCUAAGCCAUACUCAGGGUGUGUUCUUCCUUCUUAUUCUUGGAUGGUCUUGUAGUACGGCUGUCUUCUGGAGUGAAAUAGUCAGAAUGGGAAAAAAACGGUGAAAAAAACAUACGGCAAGAAGCCUAACCCUUCCUUGCAGCUUCUCUUGUUUUCUUACAUUUUGUAAUUAAAUUUCUUCAAUACUUUAUAAGAUUUACAAAUGGAAAUACAAGUAAUUAUUCAUCAAUACUUACUCAUAAUACAAAUAAAUCUAAGUGUAUUGUGUUCUUUACAUUCACGAACCAAACUUGUGUAAGCAAUAAAAAAUGCAUUCUGAAGAUCUCUUAUGGACGACAAGGCCGCCAAAAUGAAAACAACCUUCACAAUUUCUUGGUAGUAUUUGCAGUGACUAAAUGAUGAUGA